GUGGUCGCGCGCUUCUGCUUGGUGAGUUCUCGCGUCUCCGCUGCGCCGCGAGGAAGCCAGCUGGGGCGCCUCUCUUGCGCAGGUGGGAUGGAUCUCUCUGUACUGCUAGUGCUCUGCUCUGGUGUUGCCACGACUGUGGGAUCGUCCUUCGGCAGAUAUACUCACGCGUCCAGUUCCGACCAACUGGAACGAGACAAUCAUGGCAGUCCUUUCCAUUACGAUUACGAGUCCCUGCGGAUCGGAGGCCUGAUCUUCGCUGUUGUCCUCUUCCUCAUGGGGAUCCUUCUCAUCCUCAGUCGCAAGUGUCGCUGCAAGUUCAACCAACAACAGCCCACUGGGGAGCCCGAUGAGGAAGCUGGGAAUCUGAGGUCAUCCAUCAGACGACUGUCCAGUAGGAAGAGAUAAGCAGGGGGCUGAACUCAAGGUGCCCGCCGAGAUGCCAGUCAGUGAUGCCGUCCCCGGCGCGCGGACGUCCGCUGGCCCCCCGCAGGAAGCCCGUUCGCCACCCGGACC